GCCUGCGUGCGGCGAGGUCUCGAGGAGCCUUGCGAACCGAGGGCGCGAGCACGAGCGCGAGAGGAAGAGGGAAAGCAGGGGAGGGGCAGGAGGGAAAGGAAGGGAGUGGUUGCGAGCUCGGCUGCCACAGCCUCUGGUCUCCUCAGGAGCGGCACCAACCCCUCCGCUUGCACCUCGGCCGCUUCACUACUCGUGGAGGAAAGAUGCCCUUAACCCAGGGGUGUGAAGAAGCGGGAGAAGUAGCUGCUGGAGCCGCCCGCGCCGCCGCCGCAGCUGUUGCCAUCCGUGUCCUUUGAAUUCAGAAAGGCACCCCCCUUUCCAGGGGCGUCGGAAGCCUCCGGCGCGGCGGCCGCGGUGCGGGUGUGGAGAGGCCGGGCUCUCGGCCCAGCGCGGCCCGGCAGACGAGCGACCACCGCCAUGGAGCGGGCUCGGGCGGCGAAGUAGCCGCUGCUCCCGGAGCCCGGGUGCGAGUGCCGCCCCGCAGCUCGCGUUUCCAACCUCGUCUGCGCCGCCAGUCAGGCCCCUGGGAGAAGCGGGGAGAAAAAUGAAGAGUUUUAAUCGGAAUCCGUUGAAAAUAAGACCAACUGCAAAGCCUUAGAAGAAGGAGCUCGUUGGAGAAAGGAAAAGCCUUCCUCGGGCAAGACUCAGCGUGCUGCGGAGUGGCUGCUUCAGGGACCUCGCCCCUUCCCUUCCCUCUGGAAUAAUUGUGGCUGAUACAUUAUCCAAGUGGUGGUUGGGAGGAUUUGCAGCAGAAUUUUUGGUCCCCUCCCCCUUAAAUAAUUCAGUUUUUUCCCCCUCCCUUUUCUAUUUUUCUUCUUCUCGGGAAGUGAAUUGCUGAUGCAAAUCGGACUUUAUUCAUUAGUGAUGCAACCGGAUUCAUUUCAGGAUUAUGUUGCAUGAGCUGAAUUUUGAAUGAAGGAGAAUAAUUUUUUUUUUUAAAGAAGUAUUGGCUUUUUGGUUCGUUGUACUUUUAAUAUUAUUUUAUUUAAAUAUACGGUCUAGUUGUAUUCCUUAAAAAUGUAUUGAAUAUAUAUUUUAUAAUAAUUUUUCUUCAAAAUAUAUGUAUAUAUGUGAAAUCGAAGACGCUUUAGUUGAUUGAGGUUACCGGUGUGUUGAAUGUUUAAUUCAGCACCAGCGUUACAUGACAGUGGUUUAUUUUUAAAACCACACCUUUUGAAAUUUAGGUUCACAUAAAUAUUGUAAAAAUAGUAAUAAUAAUUUAAAGGAAAACCAGUAGAAAUUGAAGCAAACAUGUCUGGAGAAGUGCGUUUGAGGCAGUUGGAGCAGUUUAUUUUGGACGGGCCCGCUCAGACCAAUGGGCAGUGCUUCAGUGUAGAGACUUUACUGGAUAUACUCAUCUGCCUUUAUGAUGAAUGCAGUAAUUCUCCAUUGAGAAGAGAGAAGAAUAUUCUUGAAUACCUAGAAUGGGCUAAACCAUUUACUUCUAAAGUGAAACAGAUGCGAUUACACAGAGAAGACUUUGAAAUAUUAAAGGUGAUUGGUCGAGGAGCUUUUGGGGAGGUUGCUGUAGUAAAGCUAAAAAAUGCAGAUAAAGUAUUUGCCAUGAAAAUAUUGAAUAAAUGGGAAAUGCUAAAAAGAGCUGAGACAGCAUGUUUUCGUGAAGAAAGGGAUGUAUUAGUGAAUGGAGACAAUAAAUGGAUUACAACUUUACACUAUGCUUUCCAGGAUGACAACAACUUAUACCUGGUUAUGGAUUAUUAUGUUGGUGGGGAUUUGCUUACUCUGCUCAGCAAAUUUGAAGAUAGAUUGCCUGAAGAUAUGGCUCGAUUUUACUUGGCUGAGAUGGUAAUAGCAAUUGAUUCAGUUCAUCAACUACAUUAUGUACACAGGGACAUUAAACCUGACAAUAUAUUAAUGGAUAUGAAUGGACAUAUUCGAUUAGCAGAUUUUGGAUCUUGUCUGAAGCUGAUGGAAGAUGGAACGGUGCAGUCAUCAGUGGCCGUUGGAACCCCAGAUUAUAUAUCUCCUGAAAUCCUUCAAGCCAUGGAAGAUGGAAAAGGCAGAUAUGGACCUGAGUGUGACUGGUGGUCUUUGGGGGUCUGUAUGUAUGAAAUGCUUUAUGGAGAAACACCAUUUUAUGCAGAAUCUCUGGUGGAGACAUAUGGAAAAAUUAUGAAUCACAAAGAGAGAUUUCAGUUUCCAGCCCAAGUGACUGAUGUGUCUGAAAAUGCUAAAGAUCUUAUUCGAAGGCUCAUUUGUAGCAGAGAACAUCGACUUGGUCAAAAUGGAAUAGAAGACUUUAAGAAACACCCAUUUUUCACUGGCAUUGACUGGGAUAAUAUUCGAAACUGUGAAGCACCGUAUAUCCCAGAAGUUAGUAGCCCAACCGAUACAUCGAAUUUUGAUGUGGAUGAUGAUUGUUUAAAGAAUUCUGAAACAAUGCCCCCACCAACACAUACUGCAUUUUCUGGCCUCCAUCUGCCUUUUGUUGGUUUUACAUAUACUAGUAGCUGUGCUCUCUCUGAUCGGAGCUGUUUAAGAGUUACAGCUGGUCCCACCUCACUGGAUCUUGAUGCUAGUGUUCAAAGGACUCUGGAUAACAACUUAGCAACUGAAGCUUAUGAAAGAAGAAUUAAGCGCCUUGAACAGGAAAAGCUUGAACUUAGUAGAAAGCUUCAAGAGUCAACACAGACUGUCCAGGCUCUGCAGUAUUCAACUGUUGGUGGUCCAGUAACAGCAAGCAAAGAUUUAGAAAUAAAAAACUUAAAAGAAGAAAUUGAAAAACUAAAGAAACAAGUAACAGACUCGAGUCAUUUGGAACAGCAACUUGAAGAAGCUAAUUCUGUGAGGCGAGAACUAGAUGAUGCUUUUAGACAAAUCAAGGCUUAUGAAAAACAAAUCAAAACGUUACAACAAGAAAGGGAAGAUCUAAAUAAGGAACUAGUCCAGGCUAGUGAGCGAUUAAAAAACCAAUCCAAAGAGCUGAAAGACGCACACUGCCAGAGGAAACUGGCCAUGCAGGAAUUCAUGGAGAUCAAUGAGCGACUAACUGAAUUGCACACCCAAAAACAGAAACUUGCUCGCCAUGUCCGAGAUAAGGAAGAAGAGGUGGACCUGGUGAUGCAAAAAGUUGAAAGCUUAAGGCAAGAACUGCGCAGAACAGAAAGAGCCAAAAAAGAGCUGGAAGUUCAUACGGAAGCUUUAGCUGCUGAAGCAUCUAAAGACAGGAAACUGCGUGAACAGAGUGAGCACUAUUCUAAGCAACUGGAAAAUGAAUUGGAGGGACUGAAGCAAAAACAAAUUAGUUAUUCACCAGGAGUAUGCAGGAUAGAACAUCAGCACGAAAUAAGUAAACUAAAGACUGAUUUGGAAAAGAAAAGUAUCUUUUAUGAAGAAGAAUUGUCUAAAAGAGAAGGAAUACAUGCAAAUGAAAUAAAAAAUCUAAAGAAAGAACUGCAUGAUUCCGAAGGCCAGCAACUUGCUCUCAACAAAGAAAUUAUGAUUUUGAAAGACAAAUUGGAAAAGACCAGGAGAGAAAGUCAAAGUGAAAGGGAAGAAUUUGAAAAUGAGUUCAAACAACAGUAUGAACGAGAAAAAGUGUUAUUAACUGAAGAAAAUAAAAAGCUGACAAGUGAACUUGAUAAACUUACUAUUUUGUAUGAGAACUUAAGUGUGCGCAAUCAGCAAUUAGAAGAAGAGGUGAAAGAUCUAGCAGACAAGAAAGAAUCAGUUGCACAUUGGGAAGCCCAAAUCACAGAAAUAAUUCAGUGGGUCAGUGAUGAAAAGGAUGCACGAGGAUAUCUUCAGGCCUUAGCCUCUAAAAUGACUGAAGAAUUGGAAGCAUUAAGAAAUUCCAGCUUGGGUACACGAGCAACAGAUAUGCCCUGGAAGAUGCGUCGUUUUGCAAAACUGGAUAUGUCAGCUAGGUUGGAGUUGCAGUCUGCACUGGAUGCAGAAAUAAGAGCCAAACAGGCCAUCCAAGAAGAGCUGAAUAAAGUAAAAGCAUCUAACAUCAUAACAGAAUGUAAACUAAAAGAUUCAGAAAAGAAGAACUUGGAACUACUAUCAGAAAUCGAACAACUGAUAAAGGACACUGAAGAACUUAGAUCUGAAAAGGGUAUAGAGCACCAAGACUCACAGCAUUCUUUCUUGGCAUUUUUGAAUACGCCUACCGAUGCCCUGGAUCAAUUUGAAGAUUCCUUUUCUUCUUCCUCAUCUUCACUGAUUGAUUUUUUGGAUGACCGCUCUCCAUCCUGUACUCCAGCUAGCAAAGGCAGACGUACUGAUCCCGUUGAGAACACAUAUGUACGGAAUCCGAACGUCAAGUUUUACAUCCAGUCAAGGUCCACAUCUCCUUCCACAUCUAGUGAAGCUGAGCCAGUUAAGAUUGUAGACUCUGCUCCACUUCCAGUUCACACACCAACCUUAAAGAAAAAGGGAUGUCCUGGUGCAGCCGGCUUUCCACCUAAGCGCAAGACUCAUCAAUUUUUUGUAAAAUCUUUUACUGCUCCUACCAAAUGUCAUCAGUGUACCUCUUUGAUGGUGGGUUUGAUAAGACAGGGCUGUUCAUGUGAAGUGUGUGGAUUCUCAUGUCAUAUAACUUGUGUAAACAAAGCUCCAACUGUUUGCCCAGUUCCUCCUGAACAGACAAAAGGUCCCCUAGGUAUAGAUCCACAAAAAGGAAUAGGAACAGCAUAUGAAGGGCAUGUCAGGAUUCCCAAGCCAGCUGGAGUGAAGAAAGGAUGGCAAAGAGCACUGGCUGUAGUUUGUGACUUCAAACUCUUUCUGUACGAUAUUGCUGAAGGAAAAGCAUCUCAGCCCAGUGUUGUAGUCAGUCAAGUGAUUGACAUGAGGGAUGAAGAAUUUUCUGUGAGUUCAGUCUUGGCUUCUGAUGUUAUUCAUGCGAGCCGAAAAGAUAUACCCUGUAUAUUUAGAGUCACAGCUUUCCAGCUCUCAGCAUCUAAUAACAAAUGUUCAAUCCUGAUGCUAGCAGACACUGAGAAUGAGAAGAAUAAGUGGGUGGGCUUGCUGAGUGAAUUGCACAAAAUUUUGAAGAAGAACAAAUUCAGAGACCGCUCAGUCUAUGUUCCCAAAGAGGCUUAUGACAGUACUCUACCCCUCAUUAAAACAACCCAGGCAGCUGCAAUCAUAGAUCAUGAAAGGAUAGCUUUGGGAAAUGAAGAAGGGCUAUUUGUUGUGCAUGUCACCAAAGAUGAAAUUAUUAGAGUUGGUGACAAUAAGAAGAUUCAUCAGAUUGAACUCAUUCCAAAUGAUCAGCUUGUUGCUGUGAUCUCAGGACGAAAUCGUCAUGUGCGGCUUUUUCCUAUGUCAGCUUUGGAUGGGCGAGAGACUGAUUUUUACAAGCUGGCAGAGACUAAAGGGUGUCAAACCAUAACUUCUGGAAAGGUGCGCCUUGGAGCUCUUACAUGCCUGUGUGUGGCUAUGAAAAGGCAGGUCCUCUGUUAUGAACUGUUUCAGAGCAAGACUCGUCACAGAAAAUUUAAAGAAAUUCAAGUCCCAUACAAUGUCCAGUGGAUGGCAGUCUUCAGUGAACAACUUUGUGUGGGAUUCCAGUCAGGAUUUCUAAGAUACCCCUUGAAUGGAGAAGGAAAUCCAUACAGUAUGCUCCAUUCAAAUGACCAUACACUAUCAUUUAUUACACAUCAACCAAUGGAUGCUAUCUGCGCAGUUGAGAUCUCCAAUAAAGAAUAUCUGCUGUGUUUUAACAGCAUUGGGAUAUACACUGACUGCCAGGGCCGAAGAUCUAGACAACAGGAAUUGAUGUGGCCAGCAAAUCCUUCCUCUUGUUGUUACAAUGCACCUUAUCUCUCAGUGUAUAGUGAAAAUGCAGUUGAUAUCUUUGAUGUGAACUCCAUGGAAUGGAUUCAGACUCUCCCUCUCAAAAAGGUUCGACCUUUAAACAGUGAUGGAUCAUUAAAUGUUUUAGGGUUGGAGACAAUUAGAUUAAUAUAUUUUAAAAAUAAGAUGGCAGAAGGAGAUGAACUGGUAGUUCCUGAAACAUCAGAUCAUAGUCGGAAACAAAUGGUUAGAAAUAUUAACAACAAGCGGCGUUAUUCCUUCAGAGUCCCAGAUGAGGAAAGAAUGCAACAGAGGAGAGAGAUGCUACGAGAUCCAGAAAUGAGAAAUAAAUUAAUUUCUAACCCAACUAACUUUAACCACAUAGCACACAUGGGUCCAGGAGAUGGAAUACAGAUCCUAAAAGACUUACCCAUGCCAGGUUUCCCUUAUCCAUUCCCUCAUCAUCACUCCAGUCUGAUCUCCUCUCCGAUCAACUUUGAGCACAUCUAUCACAUGACUGUUAAUUCUGCUGAAAAUUUUCUCUCUCCUGAUUCCAUAAACCCUGAAUAUUCCCCGUCUCUACACUCUGUCCCUGGUACACCAAGCUUUAUGACUCUGAGGAACCCUCGGCCUCAGGAAAGCCGGACAGUAUUCAGUGGCUCAGUCAGUAUUCCAUCCAUCACCAAAUCCCGCCCUGAACCAGGUCGCUCCAUGAGUGCAAGCAGUGGCCUGUCAGCAAGGUCAUCUGCACAGAAUGGCAGUGCAUUAAAGAGGGAAUUCUCUGGAGGAAGCUACAGUGCAAAGCGACAGCCCAUGCCCUCCCCGUCAGAGGGCUCAUUGUCUUCUGGAGGCAUGGACCAAGGAAGCGAUGCCCCAGCAAGGGACUAUGAUGGAGAGGACUCUGAUUCUCCGAGGCAUUCCACAGCUUCCAACAGCUCCAACCUGAGCAGCCCUCCCAGCCCAAUUUCACCCAGAAAGACCAAGAGCCUCUCUUUGGAGAGCACUGAUCGCGGGAGCUGGGACCCCUGAACUGCAUUAGCAUUCAUAUCCAUUGAUGACAGAGCAGCUUUCUCUCUCUUAGCUCCCCUCACUCACCCUCUUCUCUCACCUUCAUCUCUUCCCUUCACCUCUGCCUGAAAAUGACUAGGGGCCGGCAGCAGUGAGCAGGGUAGGGAUUCAGGAUUGCUGACAAUGUGACUUGAAGAUACCCAGGCCCCCAGAUUUAACAGCAAGAACAACAAAGGCAGACUUCAUUAAACAACUUAGAUUAAUAUUGAUCUCAUUUCAUACAGUUAUAGUUACUUUCAGUAAUAUUUUUACUCUCUCCCCCAAAAGGUAGCUUAAGUAGACAGAUUACAAAAACGCAAGUGAUAGGAAUAAGAUUAGACAGAUUUUGUUUUCACAGUAGAGUCUCAACUGUAGUAGGGCGAUAGCACGGAGGAGUCUCCCACACCCAGAGGGGAGAACCAGUACCUGGAGGUGGCCCACUUCGCUUCCAUUCAGCAACCACAAUUGAUUGUUAACCUGAGUGUUGCCAGUGAAUCCUUAUUAACUGAAACAAUGCAUUUUUUACUACAAGGCAGAGUUUAAAUAAAUAAACAAAUUUAGAAAGUUAAAUACUGAAUGUAUAUAUUAAAAAGAAGCAUCUUGUAUUCAACAUAAGAUGGAUGCAUAUAUGAGAGAUGAUUUAAUUUAAAGAAAUGUGUUGUUUUUCGUCGUUUUCCAGCUAAGUAAUUUAAAGGGUAGAGAGGCCUCAAGCUAGUGUUUAUAGAGGGAGAGCUAGAGAAAUCAGAGUUCCCUUUAAUGCUGUUCUCAAACUGGUUGCACAUUGGAGUCACCUGGGGAGCUUCAGAAACAUUCUCAGACCUACUUAAUUGGUUUGCAGUGUGACCUGGGCAGAGAGUUUUAAAAUUUGUAGCCACUUAAGCAGCAGCAUCAAAAGGUAAACUCACCUCUAUACAAGAUAUUUAUUUUUCUAGUGGUAGAAUUUGAACCAUACUUUGCAUUUUUCACUAUAUUUUGGUAUCUUCUGCAGAUGAAUAUAGAAAUAUGAUUUUGCCACAAACUAAUCCCUUCCAUCUGAAAGGGCUUCAGGAAUGCUGUGGCUUCUAAAGGUCCAGAAAGUGCUUUCAUCCUGGGAUACCACCACCCCUGCCCCUAAGUCAUAGUGAGAUUUCUGUUCCUUGGAGCUAGAGACAGCUUCUCAAGGUGAAGUCUGUUUUGUUGAGGGUAGGGAUGAGCUUCCUCAGAUAAGCCUGGAAGGAAAAGGCUUUAAUUACCAAGUAAUAUAAACCUCAAAUGCAUAGGACUUGAACAGUCUUAACCAAAUAUUCUUUCCCAAACCCAGUGGAAAAUGGGUAUAUUUAACCCCAGUACUCAGGCAGAAAGUUAGCCCAGCACGGCCAUUUUGAUUGGAUUCUCUUUUCCUCCCUCAGUUGCUGUAUUAUAAUGUUAGUUAUAUUUCCAUUUGAAUUCCUGCUGUUUUAAUUGCCACAAGGAAAUGAGAUGCAGAACCAGAAGAACUUUGAUUCUCCAGAGUCAUAUCACCAGUUAAGCACAUGAGUAGAGAAAGGGAUAAAAAUAAAAAUAUCUCAUGGAAGUAAAGAGACUCUGCCUCUCUUACUUUUCAUCAAAGUUGUUCUGAGAAAUAGAAAUAGGGUUUUCUUCUCUUCUUUAAAAUUCAGUUAAAAUGGAAAAAGGUUUUCUGCAGUUGGUAAUCUAGAGUACAGUAUUUCAAGCACUGUAAUUUUACACUGGCAUCUGAGCACUUGACAUCCUUCUCAUUAGCAACAGCCUGUGCCAGCCUUCUUGCAAGGUGCUGCAGUAAGCUGAGAGGUUUCCAAGCUUGCUCCUUUGUGGAGAAAGUUACUGAGAUUCAAUGAGGAAAGAAAGGGCCUGGUUUGGUGAUUAUAUUGUAAAAGCUUACAAUACAAAUAAGGAACUUAAAAACAAUUGUUAACAACUUAGACACUUAAACAUUUAUGAAUUCAGUGCUUGCUCUGUAUUUGUUUAUAUUUUAUUUUGUGGACAUAAUUCACUGUGUAGUACUAACCUCCCAAACCAUUUUGCUUUUGGAAAAGAAGUGUCAUGUAAGAAUACUUUUGCACCUCCAAACAUCAAGUGUUGGACUGUGAGUGGUUAUCACCGGGUCUGUGGCUAUGGUCUGUGUGCCUUGGCACUUUGUAUGAGAGAAAGGAAUCAGUUAGUGCUGCAUGCUUGUGACCAGCUCCCCUCCUCUUCUCCUUACCCUCCUUUUCUUCUUUCCUUUCCUCUCAUCUUUUCCUCUCUCCGUUCUCUUCCCAGGCAGAGAGAAGGCAGAGCCCAGGCUGGGAUUCAGAGGAUUCUAAGCUAAGCCAUUAGUUUUUUCUCUCUGAAAUAGUUUAUAGUUUUGACAACUAAUCAUGAAUUUUUGCUGCCUGUAGGUGCUUAUUUUCCAAAAGAUGCUUUUAAGAUCAAAAUAUAAUCCUGCCUAAAGUCUGGGCUCCAGUACAGUUAGCCAUACUUUCAGCCUCCUAACAGGAAAGAUGAGAGAGAGCGCUACUGACAGCUCUGCUUGGUGGCCCAGCUAGCCGAGCAGCUUCAUACUAACCGAAGCGGAUUGCACCACAGCACUUUUUGAUGUCUCCACAGCAGUCUUAAGUGACCUCAGCAAUCAUAAAUAGAUCAGUCCCAAAUAUGUUUAGAUUCUAAAAGCAGGUCCUUGGGGGAGAAACACUGCCAGGAGUUAUUGUUUGGGGGGAGAUUUUUCCAAGAUUAUGUUCACCCUACAGUGCUUAUCCCACCACCCUUAAACAUGAAGAAUGGUACCUUCAUAGCUUCUGAGAAGAAUGAUUUGAAAAGAUGAGGAACGGGUUCCAAGGAAACAAGACAUAUUGAUCACUCAAAGGCACAGAAAAGGAAUUAUACCACUGUCUGCAGUCAUGCUUUGUUUUAGUGCAGGACAUUUUUAAAAUGUAUGUGACAGCAGGAACUCAUUUCUCGAUAGAAGGGAAGAAUAAAUUCAGAGGCAUGCAUUUCUGGCGUAGUUUAUAUGUGUUGGUAUUUGGUGCUGUUUAUGUCCAGCCAAUUUGUUGUCUACCCUGGAAUUCUGAUUAAUCUCAUCAUGUGUUUUGGGUGUAUGAAAUUAUAUAUAUAUUUCUUUUGGCCAAAACUAAAAUCCUUCCUCCUUGUCAAUUGACUGAUAAAGCAGAUUUCGCUUCUUUACCUAUUAAAAAAAAAAAAAUCUACCUAUACUUAGUGAUUUAUGCUCUACCCCAGGGAGCACAGCUGUUAAGUCUAUGAGAUACUACUGAAAAAGGC